AUGGGCUCCGGCUCAUCGGCUCCCAAAGCCGCCCCACCGCCGCCAGCGACUGAAGAGAAAAGCCCUGAAGCCGAGCAACCGCAAACCGAUCCCCGUUUACCAUAUUCGAAUUUUCGCGAAGUUUUCACGCUAAAGAAUUUCUGGAAAACGAUAAGGAGAAACGAGAAAGAUUGCGGGAAAGCCAUGUUUGCUAGAUACCUCAAGCAACAACCUGACAACAAAGCAAUGUAUGCAAAGCUGAAAAAUGUUGAUGUAUCGACGCUUGAUGCGGCUUGUAGUGAUACUGGUUUUGAAACAAUUGCCGCAAAUUAUUUAAAGGUAUUUGAUGAUGUCGUUCAAGCGGUUGAAGAGAAACCGGGUGACGUGCAAGCGGCUUGUGAUCGAUUGACGGCUGUAGGAAAAAUGCAUCGAACAAAGGUCUCCGGCAUGGACAGUUCGGCUUUUCAACAAAUGGAGGAACCGUUUUUGUUUAUGGUUGGUGAUGUGCUGCAGGAUCGUUUCAACGAGAAAGCCGAGACCUUAUUCCGAAAGUUUUUCCAAUUUUGCCUCAAAUAUUUGCUUGAGGGCUUUAAUAAG